GAUAAACAGUCAGGAGAUUUAGCCGUGCCGGAAUGAAAUGGUAUGAAAGCGAAAAUGAGGCGAUUACAACGACAAUAGACCAUUCCUGUUGUAUUUACUUAACGUUAACGUUAAUCUUUAUAAUUCGUUUUCGACUUCACGCAAACCACCUUAAAAGUAAAACGUACUCUGGAAACAGCUGGUGCCACGUACUGGAUGGAAAGCCUACAAAACUUGCAUUAAAAUAUAUAGAGCGAUAAAUGAAGUAUCGCUGAUAAAGGCGGGAAAUGUGCCAACGCGGCGCCAUCUUCCUUCCCAGGUUUGGAAAUGUGCGAGGUUGUUUUCGUCUUUUCGAGCGAAAAAUUGCAAGGAUAAUACUUUUUUUUAUCUGAUAGCUUUAAUUUCAAAGAAUUCAAGUUUUCUGUAUAGUUUAAAAGUUGCCGUCUACAGGUAUGGGCAAAAAUCUGAGUAGCAGCAACUUUGUUUUGGAAACUGGUAUUUGAAAUAUCGUCGCAAAUAAACGUCGCUCUGACGCUCUUAAACUCUCCCAAAAAUAAGGAAACAUAUCAGACCAACAUUACAAAAUGGUUGAUACACAAAUUGGAGCUAUGGUGUUUGGCAGGCAGACUAACGAAUCUGAGAGCUUUGAAGUAAUGGAUUACUGUCUGAAUAAAGGUUUCAAAUGGUUUGAUACAGCUCUCAUGUAUAAUGGAGGGAAAAGUGAAAAAAUCAUUGGCAAAUAUAUUGCAAAAGAAGGCAGAUCAAAGAUGUGCAUAGCAACGAAAGCUUACCCUGGUUACAGUGAAAAAGGGUUCAGUUUUGAUGGUAUUGUUGAUCAGCUGAAUCAGUCGUUAAAUCAAUUACAAACUGAGUAUGUGGACAUAUUUUAUCUACAUCACCCUGAUCGGAAUUUCUCCAUCGAAAAAACUUUACAAGCUUGUGAUCAUUUGCAUAAACAGGGGAAGUUCAAAGAACUUGGCAUCAGUAAUUAUGCUGCUUGGGAGUUGGCGGAGAUCUAUUUCAUCUGUAAGCAAAAUAACUGGGUACUUCCAACAGUUUAUCAAGGGAUGUAUAACCCACUGACCAGGAUGGUUGAGGCAGAAUUAUUUCCUUGCAUGCGAAGAUUGGGAGUACGAUUCUUUGCCUACAAUAUGUUAGCUGGAGGUUUGUUGACUGGUAAACACAAAAUGGACGAUCAUCCUGAAGACGAAACUAAAGUUGGAAGGUUUUUUGGAAAAGCAUUGUGGCCGUCGAACUACCGUAAACGAUUUUGGAAUAAAGAGUAUUUUGAGGGCGUAGCUGAUAUUCAGAAAUCUUUAACUUCAUGUUAUGGUGAAGGAAAGGUUUCUUUGAUUGAGGCGUCUAACAGAUGGAUGUACCAUCAUUCAAUGUUGUCUCAAGAAUGUGGAGAUGGUGUAAUUCUUGGAGGAUCGUCACUCUCACAGAUGGAGAACAACAUGAAAUUUUUAAAUAAAGGCCCUCUGGAUACGAGUGUUGUAUCUGCGUUUGAUCGGUCUUGGGAGAGAGUGAGAGGCGUUUGUCCACGUUAUAACAGAUAAUUACAGCUUGUUUUAUUGAAUACUGACCUGUUGAUAUGGUAACCUUUCAUAUUAUGUUGAAUACACUAGAUGAAUUUUUGGCGGUCUUGUAUCAUGAGAAUUUGAGUUUUAAUGGGAGUUGAUAAUUGAUUAAUUAACAAUGUUAAAUAUAAUUCUGAAUUAGCUAAAUUUUACACUUCAUGUGUACAACUUUCAAGAAAAUGAAAGUAAUCUAUAAUUAUA